GACGCAGUGGAGCCCGGCGGGCAGUCCCAGCCCUUGCCGCGGCCGUCCCGGGGAACACAGGCGCCAAAGCCCCUCCGGCCCGGGCAAGGAGCCGGGUCGGCCUAGCCAGCAUCAACAGCCCCAUGGCCCCAGCUGGCUACUGAGCCCCACCAUGGGCAGCGUGUACUCAGAGUACCUAAGCUCCAGCAAGGUCAGGGAACACUAUAAUUACACCAAGGAGAGUCCCGACACGAAGGAUACGCCCUCCCGUCAGGUGGCCUCGGCCCUCAUCAUCCUCCUGUGUUGUGCCAUCAUAGUAGAGAACCUGCUGGUACUCAUCGCAGUUGCCCGCAACAGCAAAUUCCACUCGGCCAUGUAUCUGUUCCUGGGCAACCUAGCGGCAUCAGACCUGCUGGCGGGCGUGGCCUUCAUAGCCAAUACCUUGCUCUCGGGUUCGGUCACACUGGGGCUGACGCCUGUGCAGUGGUUCGCCCGCGAGGGCUCUGCCUUUAUCACGCUCUCCGCCUCCGUCUUCAGCCUCCUGGCCAUCGCCAUUGAGCGGCACGUGGCCAUUGCCAAGGUCAAGCUCUACGGCAGCGACAAGAGCUGCCGCAUGCUGCUGCUCAUUGCGGCCUCGUGGCUCAUCUCGCUGGUCCUUGGUGGCCUGCCCAUCCUCGGCUGGAACUGCCUGGGCCACCUGGAGGCCUGCUCCACCGUUCUGCCGCUCUACGCCAAGCCCUACGUGCUCUGCGUGGUGACCAUCUUCUCAGUCAUCCUGUCGGCCAUUGUAGCUCUGUACAUCCGCAUCUACUGUGUGGUCCGUUCCAGCCAGGCCGAUGUGGCUGCCCCACAGACGCUUGCCCUGCUCAAGACGGUCACCAUCGUGCUGGGUGUCUUUAUCUUCUGCUGGUUGCCUGCCUUUAGCAUCCUCCUCUUGGACUAUGCCUGUCCAGUCCGGGCCUGCCCUGUGCUAUACCAGGCCCACUACUUUUUUGCCUUCGCCACCCUCAACUCGCUGCUCAACCCGGUCAUCUACACGUGGCGCAGCCGGGACCUGCGGCGGGAGGUGUUACGGCCGCUGCAGUGCUGGCGGCAGGCAGCAGGGGUGCAAGGGCGGCGGGACAGAACCCCGGGCCACCACCUCCUACCCCUUCGCAGCUCCAGUUCCCUGGAGAAGGGCAUGCACAUGCCCACCUCACCCACAUUUCUGGAGGGCAACACAAUGGUGUGAGGGGCAAGUGGGCUGACAGCCAGGCCACCCUGGCAGAGAGUUCCGUGGAGAAGCUCCGGGGACCCGGGACAGAAAUGGGGCCGAGGGGGGCGGGGGUUGCCAAGUAAGAUGACCCCAAUCCACAGACCCGGGUGAUGCUGAAGAUUCUUCAUGCUUGGGAUGGUCGACUGAGGCUUUGAUCAGUCAGAUGGCACAGCAGC